AUGAAAGACCCGAUCUGCAUAGAAACAUUCCACAAAAAGUUUACUGAACAAAUGGAUCUGAACCCCAUAACUGAAGACGACAGUGCCACAGUUAGCUGGGACACCCUUCAAGAAGCACGUUUUGAAGCCGCCAAGUCAACCUUCGGUAUCAAGAAACGUGCGGAUACUGACUGGCUUGACGCUAACAUGGACGUGCUGCUUCCACUGCUUGAGAGGAAAAAUGCAGCACAUCAUCAGUUCAAGACCCGAGCAACCCGUGCAAGCCUUGACCUGCUGAAGGUGGCUAGAAGUGCUCUUCAGAAACAGAUGCGCUACUGUGCCAACAACUACUGGAAGAAUUUGUGCCUAGAGAUCCAAAACGCCUCAGACCUGGGUAACUUUCGCAAGCUCUACCAAGGCUUAAAAAAGGCCAUAGGUCCAUCUAUGAGGAAAGUUUGUCCUUUAAAAUCCUCCGACGGCACCAUGAUCACAGACUCGAACCAGCAGCUUGCCAGUACCCCAAGUGGGAAAGCGCCCGGACAGGACGCCAUUCCUGCUGAUCUGCUCAAGUGUGACGAAGACCUCCUUCCCUAUCUCUACGAAAUCCUCCGCAAGUCCUGGUCAGAAGGUGCUUUUCCAAGAGACUUGCGCGAUGCAAAGAUCACGACACUUUACAAAAACAAAGGAGACAAAGGAGAUUGCAACAACUAUAGAGGCAUCUCACUCCUAAGUGUGACCGGAAAAGUGUUUGCGAGAGUCCUACUAGCACGCUUUCAAGCUCUUGCAAAUAGGGUGUAUCCUGAGUCGCAGUGUGGUUUCCGAUCAAACCGGUCCACAGUGGACAUGAUCUUCUCUCUCAGACAAAUUCAAGAAAAGUGUAGAGAACAACAUCGUCCCCUGCACAUGGCUUUUGUUGAUCUAACAAAGGCCUUCGAUAUGGUCAGUCGAGAGGGCCUAUAUGCCGUGCUUAAAAAAAUCGGGUGCCCUCCAACACUACUCAGCCUCAUCUGUUCCCUUCAUGACGGGAUGCAAGCUGCCGUCAUGUUUGAAGGCUCUCUGUCUGAGAAGUUUGCACGAAACGGUGUCUUCCUACGCACAAGGUCUGACAAAAGCCUAUACAACCUUGCUCAUCUCAGGGCAAAGACUAAAACACGUCGCUUCCUGGUACGCGAGCUCCUUUUCUCCGAUGACGCAGCUUUUGUGUCACAUAGCGAAGCCGGCCUGCAGACAUUGAUGGAUCGCUUCGCAAAAGCUUGCGACGACUUUACGCUCACCAUCAGUAAGAAAAAAACUGUGGUUAUGCACCAAGCAAGAGUCCCUGUAAGCACUAUCCUCGUCGACGGCGAGCAACUAGAAAAUGUUGAUACUUUUUGCUAUCUUGGCUCUGUCAUCACCAAUGACUCCUCGCUUGAGAAGGAACUUUCGUCUCGCAUAGGUAAGGCUGCUACAGCCUUCAGCCGCCUGACCACCCGAGCCUGGAGAAACCGCAGCCUCACCGAGAAAACGAAAGGUGCCAUUUAUAAGGCUUGUGUCCUUAGCGUCCUGCUUUACGGCUCGGAGACGUGGCCAACCUACGCGCGGCAAGAACGCAAACUCCAUGCGUUUCACAUGCGGUGUCUUAGGAGCAUCCUUGGAAUAACCUGGCAGGAUAAGGUCACCAACGCCGCUGUUCUGGCCCGAACUGGGUGCGAACCCCUCAUCCAGGUCUUGCGGGCCCGACGGUUGAGGUGGCUGGGCCACGUACGCCGACUACCCGAUGGACGCCUUCCCAAGGACAUCCUAUAUGGCGAGCUGGACAGCGGCGCUAGAACCUUGGGAAGGCCCCUCCUCCGUUUCAAGGACGUCACAAAAAGAGACUUGAUAAACUUAAACAUCAUUCCUCUCAACUGGGAAGAUCUGGCGGAGGACCGCCCCGCAUGGCGGGCUAUUAUCAGGAGACUAUGA